UUCUCUCGUCUAGAGAAGAACUAGAGAAGAACAGAAGGAGAGAGAGAGAGAGAGAGAGGCGCUUAGUGGUUGUUGAGAGAGUUUUGGCAGCUGAUAUAGGGACCCAACAAGGAGUUUCUUCCUUUGGUGGCGGAGUUCUCUUGGUUGACAUGGAAGUGAUGGAGAUGGUGGGAGCAGGAGGAGUGUACAGGGAGUGCCUGAAGAACCACGCGGCGAACCUCGGCAGCUACGCGACGGACGGAUGCGGCGAGUUCAUGGAGGCAGCAGCGGACUCGCCGGACUACGGCAACCUCCGGUGUGCGGCCUGCGGCUGUCACCGCAACUUCCACCGAAAGGUGGUGGCGGCGAGCCGCGACGAGGAUCUGGACUACCGGCGGUAUUGCUCCCCGGGAGGGGAGGCGGCGCAGGAUGGGGGAGGGCGGAAGCGGUUCAGGACCAAGUUCUCGGCGGAGCAGAAGGAGAGGAUGACGGAGUUCGCGGAGAGGAUGGGGUGGCGGAUGCAGAAGGGAGAGGAGGCGGCCAUUCAGGCGUUCUGCAAGGAGACGGGCAUCCCCAGAAGGGUGUUCAAGGUGUGGAUGCACAACCACAAGUCCUCCUCCGCCAAUGCCUCCUCCCUCACCCAGUAGAAACAAUUUCCUAGCUACCCUUUCCUCGCUCUCUCUCCAAGCGUUCAAUUUUCUUCCUUCUUCUUUCUCCAUUUGCUAUACUCAGUUGCAAACUAAUCUUGAUUUUUGGGUGUUGACCUGUAACAACUAUCGAGAAAGAGAUGUUCUACAUGCUUCAAAUUAAGAAUUAUCUGACAGUCUUGUCCGCGACCCUUUUUCUC